GGCUGACAAGAUUAGAAGGAUUAUGAGCAGUGAUAUUUAACCAGACAGAGACGGAAAGAAGCAGCAGACCACUACAGAUGUAUAAGGACUGACAGAGGAGACAUUUUAUUCUGAAUUUAAAAGAACUGCAGAUUUACAGCAGGCGUCUGCACUACACCUGGAGGAGGAUGCAGUUGUUUAUCAUGGCAGCAGUACUGGCACUGGCAGAGGUGGGGUGCUUCGGUUGCCACCUGAAAAACGUCAGCAUCCCCGUGGAGAGAUGUGGCCAGGAAGUGUGCAUUCACACCACAAUCUGUGAAGGGCUGUGCUACAACGAGGAUGUUGUUUUUGAAAGCCCUGAAGAGGUGCCUGAGCAUAGGAUCUGCAACGGGGACUGGUCCUAUGAGGUGAAACACAUCGAGGGGUGUUCAGAAAGCAUUACUUACCCUGUGGCCACAAGCUGCUCUUGUUCUAAAUGCAACACAAAAGACACAUACUGUGGCCGCCUUUACGCACACAUACCCAGCUGCUAAACUAUUCCUUUGUGUCUUUUUGCCUGACACUGAAAUAAAAAAGAUACUGCUCA